AUGGCCCACCUCGACUACCGAGAAAAGGGUGGCUAUAGCUUGUUAGAGCUGCAGUUUUAUCAGGCCGAUGGCAGCUCUCGCCUGGCUCUUGUGUACACGGGAACCGAGGACAACGAGGAGUUUGUUGGCGAGGAACCGCUGGCACAGAUUGCAAAGACGAUUGCUGAGAGUCGGGGACCCUCGGGCCCGAACAUUGAUUACCUCAUGAAUCUGGUAAUAGCGAUGCGAGACAUUGCCCCAGAUCACCCAGACGAACACCUCCUGGCCCUGGAAACGCAGGUCCGUGCGCUGCAAGAAGCGGCCACCCCAGCCACAGCGGCCGCGCCCGUGGAGGUGAUCGAGGUGGAGCCAACCGAUACGCGAACGCAGUGA